AUGGGUGUAAUACGCAAAAAGACCGCCUCGCGCGGCACCGAGGCCGGCACCAAGUUCCACUGCGACGUGUGCUCGGUCGAUGUCACAUCAACAGUUCGAAUUUCCUGCGCGCAUCCCUCCUGCCAUGAAUACGACCUCUGUGUCCCCUGCUUCGCGGCCGGGGAGAGCUCCAAGAACCACGACCCGCAGACUCAUCCCUUCCAAGUUAUUGAACAGAACUCCGUCCCAAUAUUCCAGGCGGACUGGGGGGCGGAUGAAGAGUUGCUACUCCUGGAGGGGGCCGAGAUCUAUGGUCUUGGCUCGUGGGCCGAUAUUGCCGACCACAUCGGCGGGUACCGCACUAAGGAUGAGGUGCGCGACCACUACAUCGACACAUAUGUGAACAGCUCAAACUUCCCGCUACCUGAUCGAGCCGACCCGGAGGAUAGAAGCCUCCAGGAUGCGAUAUCGAAGGAGGAGUUUCAGAUGCGCAAGAAGCGUCGGAUCGAAGAGCGCAAAGAGGCGGCCAGGGCGGCGCCGCCCACAACACCUAAACAGAAGCCGACUGCUAGUGUGCCGGCUUGUCAUGAAGUGCAAGGUUACAUGCCGGGUCGCUUGGAGUUUGAGACAGAGUUCCUCAAUGACGCUGAGGAGGCCGUCCAGCACAUGGCGUUCGAGCCUGGAGCAGGCAUCGGCGCCAAUGGCGAGAUUGACGCGGAGACAGAACUGAAGAUGACCGUGGUCGAUAUUUAUAACUCACGACUGACGGCACGUACAGAGCGCAAGAAGGUGCUCUUCCAACAUAACCUGUUGGAAUACCGGAAGAACACCGCGCUGGAGAAGAAGCGCACCAAGGAGGAGCGUGAUCUGCUGAACAAAGCCAAGCCAUUAGCACGGAUGAUGAACCAGAAGGACUUUGACGAACUAAACAAAGGGCUGGAGUACGAGCAUAAUCUACGCCUGGCGAUCUCCCAACUACAAGAGUGGCGGCAGAUGGGUAUCGGCGACCUGAAAACGGGCGAGAAGUAUGAACAGGAUAAGCAACAGCGCGCACAGCGGAUGAUCCCGCAAGGGUCCUUCGACCGGUUUGCCAGUGCGCGUCCCAAGCCGACUCUCGCCCCCGAGGGUCCAACUGCUGCGACUCAGCUUACUACUCCCGAGUUACCUCUCCGGCUCCAAAAGGCUGCAAAUCCCCACAAGCAGCCAGAUUCAGCCAAUAUGCCAAUGAAUGACUUUGACCUGAUGUUCGCCACCAACGGUGAUUCUGCACCUGCGCCGCCAUUGAAGACCAAAUAUGUCGUGCAGCCGCUGAGCGGUGUGCCAGGAUGGAAACUGGACAGUGAUGGAGCGGCUGACCUUCACCUCCUGACUCGGGAAGAGGCUGAAAUGUGUAACGUGCUGCGUCUCAUGCCCAAGCCGUACUUGGUUGUCAAGGAGACGCUCCUGAAGGAAGCAAUGAAGCAAGGCGGUAAUCUGAAGAAGAAGGAUGCACGUGCCAUCUGCAAGAUUGAGGGCACCAAGACCAGCCGCAUUUACGAUUUUAUGGUGCAUAGCGGAUGGAUUAACAAGGCGUAA